CUCCCAGCAGCUGCUCUGACCUCAUUUUCCCACUUGCAGAUACCAGGAUGAAUCUGAAGAAAUAUUUUGUCCGGGCCCUGCACCGCCUCCAGAAGGGCCCUGGCUACACCUACAAAGAGCUGCUGGUCUGGUACUGCGACAACACCAACACGCACGGCCCCAAGCGCAUCAUCAAGGAGGGGCCAAAGAAGAAAGUCAUGUGGUUCUUCCUAACGCUGCUCUUCGCCUCCUUGGUCUUCUGGCAGUGGGGAAUCCUCAUCAACACCUACCUCUCUUACGACGUCACCUCAUCACUCUCUAUCGGCUUUAAGACCAUGAAGUUCCCAGCAGUCACAGUCUGCAAUGCCAACCCCUUCAAGUACUCGGAGGUGAAGCCCCUGCUGAAGGAGCUGGACAAGCUCAUCGAGGCGGCGCUGGAGAGGAUCCUGCAGCCCACACAUGGGGACCCCAUCUCACCCCUGCUGCUGAACGGCAGCAACACCACCGAGGGGCUGGAUUUGGAGCUCUGGAACCAGAUCCCGCUGGUGCUCAUUGAUGAGCAGGACAAGGACAACCCAGUCAUCGUGGAGAUCUUCGAGACCAACCAAAGCGCUGCAGGGAACCAAACUGCUGCCCCUCCUGCCCCCACCAACGUGACGUCGGAAGAGAAGAAGUACAAGCUGGCGGUGAAGCUGUGCAGCCACCAGGGCUCCAACAACUGCACCUACAGGAACUUCACCAGCGCGGCGCAGGCGGUGACCGAGUGGUACAUCCUGCAGUCCACCAGCAUCCUGUCCAAAGUGCCUCUGCAGGAAAGGAUUAGGAUGGGCUACCAGGCAGAAGACAUGAUCCUGGCGUGUCUCUAUGGGGCCGAACCCUGCAACUACAAGAAUUUCACCCAAAUCUAUCACCCAGACCAUGGUAACUGCUACAUCUUUAACUGGGGCAUGGACAAAGAGGCUUUGAAUUCUUCCAACCCGGGAGCCGAGUUUGGGCUGAAGUUAAUUCUGGAUAUCAGCCAGCAGGACUACAUCCCCUACCUGUCGUCUGCCGCCGGGGCACGGCUGAUGCUGCACCAACAGAAGAGCUUCCCAUUCCUUAAGGAUCAGGGCAUCUACGCGAUGGCUGGGACAGAAACCUCCAUCGGUGUGUUAGUGGACGAGCUGGAGCGGAUGGGCUAUCCAUACAGCGACUGCACCAUGAACGGCUCUGACGUCCCAGUAAAGAACCUCUACAGCGAAUACAAUACUUCCUAUUCCAUACAGCUCCCUCCUCCCUUUUUCCAGGCUUGCCUACGCUCCUGUUUCCAGAACCACAUGACAGAAAUCUGUGGCUGUGGUCACUACAUGUUUCCUUUACCAGAAGGGGUAACUUACUGCAAUAACGAAGAUAACCCUGGCUGGGCAUAUUGCUAUUCAUCACUGAGAUCGAGUAUAAGACACAGGCAAAUUUGCAUUGACUCUUGUAAGGAAACAUGCAAUGACACGCAGUACAAGAUGACCAUCUCCAUGGCAGAUUGGCCCUCUGAGGCUUCCGAGGACUGGAUUUUCCAUAUUUUGUCUUAUGAAAGGGAUAUGUCAACAAAUGUGACUCUGGACAGGAACGGCAUCAUCAAGCUGAACAUUUACUUCCAGGAGUACAACUACCGGACGAUCUCAGAGUCAGCUGCCACCACGAUCGUGUGGCUGCUGUCGAGCCUAGGAGGUCAGUUCGGGUUCUGGAUGGGGGGCUCCGUGCUGUGCCUCAUUGAGUUUGGGGAAAUCAUCAUCGACUCGCUGUGGAUCACCGUAAUCAACGUUAUCAGCUGGUGCAAAGGCCUGAAGCAGAAGCGCGCGCGGGCACAGUACCCAGACAUGCCGCCGACGGUGUCGGAGCUGGUGGAGGCUCACACCAACCUGGGCUUCCAGCACGAGGAGGCCAGCAAUGCAACACAGGAAGAGGCACUGCCCCCCGAGCCCGGCACCCCCCCGCCCAACUACGACUCACUGCGCGUGCAGCCACCUCACAACCCAGGCACAGACAGCGACACUGAGAGCGAGGAGCAGCGUCCUGCAGCCAACCACCAUGAGGAUGCCUCAGUUUGGGCUGAGUGACCUCCAGAGCUCCAUCCAAAUCAGGGAGCUGGCAGCCCUGCCUCCUCCCCUCCCCUAAAACUCACCGAAGAAGCUCUAUCUAAUAAAUCCCGCAGUAAAUCUCAGUCAGCAUCGUGCUCUGGCUUUAGCACAUGGAGCUGGUAUGAAUCGGUGCUGGUACACAGCAGUGGGUUGUUACUUCUCUACAACACAACACGGUUGUGCACAGCUCCAGCUCAGCGGGUGCUGAGCUCCUGGGAGCAGCUGGGGGCAGCAGAGCUGGAAGAUGCUGGGGCCAAGGAGGCAGUGCUGGCAGGCAGUGCAGGCAGGCACAGGGCAGGCAGGAAUUACUACAGUCCGCUACCUGGGGACAGCAUGCCCAGUGCUCCAAGGGGUCUGCACUGAGGGCUGAACCACAGGAUCUAAGCUGCUUUUGGCUUGAGGUCAUGGUAUUUCCACGUCUAAGUGACGCUAAUGUAAACAGAGUGGAAAGAACAUCCCUCUGCUGCUUGGAGGCCUCGCACGCUCUGUUUGUAGUCUGGGUUUGCUGCUCGGGAGCUGUUAAUGCUGCCUGCAGGUGGGCAUGCCAGUUAAUGUGUGUCAGAGAUAAAUACUCCAGAUGCGAUAAUGCUUCAGGUGCGGGGAGGAAGUGCCAAGCCAUUCACAGUGCCAUUCUCAGCAAUAAA